AUGUCAGAUAACGUAGAUUUUACUUCCACUUCCGCUAAAAAUGAAUCAUUUACUUCUACGGAAUCUUCGAAUGAUAUGAGUAAUAAGAUAGCAGAGGAGAAGAAGUUGGAUGGACCUAAACCAUGUCCUUACUGCGGAAAAAUUAUACCCAAUCCCAACAUAAUGGCAAAACAUUUAAAAGAAAAUUGUAAUCAAACAUAUGAUAUCAAAAUAUGUUGA